GUGUAUAUUUCUCAUUAGAAAUCACUUGGUCACGAUCGUGUGAUUGAAAAGGCAUUUCCACAGAAAGAAAUACCACAUUUUCUCCCCAUAUUGGAUGCAGCCGUUCAACGGUAACCGGUCAAGAUGCUUAUAACACUGAAGACGCUGCAGCAGAAGACAUUCAAGGUGGACAUCGACGACUCUUUAACGGUCAAGUCCCUCAAGGAAAAAAUUGAGGCUGAAACGGACAAAGAGUUCCCAGCGACAGGGCAGAAACUCAUUUAUGCAGGUAAAAUCCUGAAUGAUGACAAUCCAAUCAGUGAGUACAAGAUUGAUGACAAGAGUUUCGUUGUGGUAAUGCUGACAAAGCCGAAGGCAGCAGCCAAGUCCGCAGAACCUGCGAAGCCAGAGACAUGCGCUGCAGCCCCUGCCUCAACCCCCUCACCCACCACAGCAACAGAAACAAAACCCACAGAGAAACCUCCAGAGGAAAAGAAAGAUAAUGCACCAGCCACUACCACAAGUUCCUCUUCUACCACAAUGACGACUACCAGUGAUGAGCCCAUGGCUUCAGUGAAUACAGCAGAGUCGAUGCUGGUUACCGGUGACGAAUACAAAUCGAUGGUGGAACAAAUCGUGCUUUUGGGAUACGAGAGACACAAGGUGGAGGCUGCCCUCCAUGCCAGCUUCAACAACCCUGACCGAGCGAUGGAGUACCUACUGACGGGAAUUCCUCAAACGCAAGUCCCCGAUAUGCAACAGCAACUUCCUGAAAUGCAACAGCCAACUGAAGAGAAUCCCUUGAGUUUUCUUCAGAACAAUCCAGUGUUUAAUCAAAUGCGGCAGGCAGUCCAGGCCAACCCUACCAUGCUGGAUACUGUCUUACAGCAAUUACAACUAAGCAACCCCGAACUCUUGGAGUUGAUAAAUAAAAAUCAGGAGCAGUUCAUAGCUUUGAUGAAUGAAGGAGCCCAAUCUGGGGGUGGUAUCGGUGGCCAAGCGGGUACUCUCCCGCUGGGUGGUGUCCAGCCGAGCGGACAGUCUAGUGGACAGACGGCGGGGCAGCCUGGGGGCGGGUCAACAGGAGUUGAGACACCAAGGCAAGUUGAGGGCGUAGCAGGAGGUGAAGCUCCCGCCCAUGGGGUGCAUUAUAUCACGUUAACUCAACAGGACAGACAAGCUGUGGAUAACCUCAAAGAGCUUGGAUUUUCUGAAGAACUCGUUAUACAAGCGUUCUUUGCCUGUGAAAAGGAUACGGCUCUCGCUGCCAACUUUCUCCUAAGAGAAAAAGAAGACGGAAACGAAUAGAACAUUUUAACCGCUCACCCUGAACGUAAAUCUCUCUGUAAAUAUAUAAAAUGCUACACCUCCUUUUUUUUCUUGUGAUCAAAGAUGUCACAGAGUCACACUGCAAACUGCCUCUAGAGGGCAGCAUUCGUAAUGACCCAUUAUGCCCUGACACCACCAUAGCCUGAAACGUCACACUUCGAGGCUUGGAAUAACGCCAGAGAGUGGCCUCUAGCUUAGGUCAAUCCCCGUCCAUAAUCACAUUUCACCUGCAUUCAUUUUACAUGGAGAUACGCAGUCACAUCCUACUUAAUACCAUUAUUACAAACAAGUACAUCAUGUACAUGUACAUAGCACACAUGUGGCGACCGAAAGUUAGCUUUCAAUGUCUUUGUUUUGAUUGGUCCGAGGUGAUGUUUGUCAGCUGUACCCACAUCACCUCAGACCAAUAUGUAAAGUGUACGUCACAGUACAUAUGGCUGGAAACACGCUGUGCCACACACAAAAUUAAUCUAACAAAUAAAGGGUUCAAUAAACCACUCACAUUUUGUUUUAAAUUUUAUAAUUUAAAAAAAAAAAGCUAUUAUUUCAGGUGUUUGUGUUCCUAUCAUUUGAUUUGGUUUUUUAAAUUGAGCUUUGGAAGCACUUCAUGAAAUGCAAAAUGUUGAAACCGAUCGAUCGUUGCUCCAUGUAUGCCCUGUUAGCAUCGCUAACUUCAUCAGGUCUUAGGGAAAUUGGGUUCCAACUGUAAUAUAAGAACUUAAUACAAAUCCUAAGUUUUGACGACUGUAGCUUCUACAGGUAACUUAAAGACUCUGGACACUAUUGGUAAUUGUAAAAGACUGUAAUUAUAUUUCAAAGUAACAGUAAUUGUAACACAAGUCUUUUCUGUUUCAUCAGAGAGAAACAUGCACAGAAGUAGUGAGCAAACUUUAAUUUAUUGAAGCAGUAUGUUUUUGUGGUAUUGCACACUCACACUCGCACGCAAACGAUAGACGAUGUGACCUAUGUUUACAUUCAAACCGCCCUCUGUUGACAAAACAUUGUACACGUCAUGUUUCGCCGGG